AUGACGGAGGAUGAAUUCGAUGCUGCAGCCACUGCCUCUAUGCACAAACUUCAGGCCAAUAUGGAAGCGCAACGCAGCAUGGACGCAGCUACAAUUGACAGCAAAUAUUCUUGGAUGCUUGAUCUUUCCCUUGACGAACUGGUCGCGAAGUACGCACCACAAAAGGGUACAACGAGCGUAGCCGGGACGAUUGAGCGGCAGUCACAACAAAAGAGGUCUCCAGGGCAGCAGCAUCGGUUUGGCGCAUCUCCCUUGUAA